AUGGAGGCGAAAUUCCUGAUGGAAGAAAAGCUCAAAGAAUUGUCGUCUGAUGACGAUAAGACUCAGCAUCCCGUGUCCGAUGGCCAAUCUUCGGAUGAAGAUGAUGCUGAGGCUCGUUCCUCAAAUGCUCUUAGAUACCUUGAGGAAUUGCUUCCCGAUCCAAUUGAAAUGCCCACACUCGCACAAUUUAUGACUUUCCUACGCAAGAGGCACAGAGUGCUCAAAGCAAACGAUAAAGAGGAUUCAGGUGAUCCUGAAAGCAAGAAAAAAGGUGCGAAGAAAGAAACCGUUAAAAAGUCAUUUCAUCUCACCAGCAAGAUGGCUUGUUUUCUGUGCAAAGAAGCUCAUGGAAUAACAAACUGUCCGAAAUUCCAAGAGCUGACAUCUUACAACAAACAUCAAACAGCUCUUAAGCUUGAUCUUUGCCUUAAUUGCUUGUCACAUAAAAAGGACAAGGAAUGUAAGAGCAAAAGGAAUUGUCAGCAUUGUGAUCAAAAGCAUCACACCUUGCUACAUUAUGAGAAAAAAUCUCAAGUUAAAGAAACUAAACCUAAGAAAACUGAUGUAUUAGUUCUAUCUACGGAUAAUCAGGAAGAACAGAAGGAUUCUGAAGAGUUUGAGGAUUCUGAGCAUGUCUCCCUGCAUACAAGCUCAACUUCGCCAUUAUUUCCUACAAUUCUCAUGAAAGCGAGAGCAAAUGGAGGAGAUUGGCAUUAUCUUCGUGCGUUGCUUGAUACAGGAUCUGGGGAUUCCUUCAUAUCAGAACAAGCAGCCCAAGAACUUGCGUUGCCACGCGAGAGAAUUAAUGCACCCAUUCGAGGAAUAGGUGGAAGUGCAGCUGCUGUCUCGAAACAUCAGGUUCAGAUCAUUCUAGCGCCGAGAUUUCCAUCAACUUAUAAACUUGAGGUUGGAGCACUUGUACUAUCCUCGCUCACAGGACUAUUACCACAACAACCUAUCAAAACUGAUUCAUACAAAGGAUUGAAGGUUGAUAACAUUCUGAUGGCAGAUCCAACAUUCAUGACACCAGGAUCCAUAGACAUGAUCCUUGGUGCACAGAUUUAUGCAUCAGUUUUGAAGAAUGGGAUAAAAAGAUCAAACACUAUUAGCGCACAGAACACAGAGUUUGGAUGGAUCUUAACAGGAUCUCAUAGUCAAAAGAAACUUCCAGAAAGUAAAAUAAUUAGCAUGAUUUCGAUGGCUGAAAUUGAUCGAAAAUUACAGCUUUUCUGGGAAAUGGAUCAACACACAGAGCCACAUAGGGUGCUACAUCGUGUUGAAAAGGAGUUUGCAGAAACACAUUCAAGAACCGAAGAUGGACGAUAUGUAGUCCAAUUGCCAUUUAAAGGUAAUCCUUCGGAACUAGGAGAUUCAAAAAAACAAGCAAUGGCUCGCUUUAUUAAUAUGGAAAAGAAAUUCGCCACAAACGAGCAACUAAGAAAGGAUUACUCUGAAUUUAUUCAUGAGUAUAUUUCUUUGGGGCAUAUGUCGCUUGCACCUCCUGAUGGUGGAAAAUAUUAUUUGCCACAUCACGCGGUUUUUAAGAAAGAAAGUUCCACGACCAAGACGCGUGUUGUCUUUGAUGCGUCUUGUAAGACAUCAACUGGAAAAAGCUUGAAUUCAGUGUUGCAUGCUGGUCCAAAGCUGCAACAAAAUUUAAAUCAGAUUAUCAUACGUCGGUGUAAAUACAAGUAUGUAUACACUGCUGACAUCGAGAAGAUGUUCAGGCAGAUAAUCGUAGCAGAAGGACACAGAGAUUACUUAAGAAUUCUGUGGAGAGACAGCCCUGAGCAACCAAUUCGUGAGUACAGGUUAAAUACGGUGACGUAUGGAACUGCACCGGCCACGUACUUGUCGGUGAAAGUUCUGAUGCAGUUGGCUGAAGACGAAGGAGCGCAAUUCCCUGGUGCUGUCGCCGCCAUAAAAGAUUUUUACGUCGAUGACGUAAUGACAGGGGCAGACACAGUGGAGGGUGCUCUUCAAAUUCAGAAUGAAUUGAUCAAUUUGCUACAAAAGGGAGGCAUGAAUUUGAGAAAAUGGACUAGUAACAAACCUGAGUUGCUAGCAAACCUCUCUGAAGAACAAAUUGAAGCUAAGUAUCUGCAACUGACUGAAAAUGAGACAUUAACAGCUCUUGGUGUUGGUUGGGAUCCUAACACCGACCAAUUUUCUUACAAAAUAAAACCAACUCCUCGCUCUGGUCAGAUGGACAAGAGAAUGAUACUAUCCGAUCUGGCUUCUAUCUAUGAUCCUAUUGGUUGGCUAGCUCCAGUAACUAUAAGAGCUAGAUUAAUCAUGCAGAGAGCAUGUAAGGAUCAAGUAGACUGGAACAAACCUGUUUCAAAAGGCAUCGUGGAUGAUUGGAAAGAAUUUCUACGUAACCUUCCAGAGGUGGAAAAAAUAAGAAUUCCGAGAUACAUGAACUAUUCACCAGGAGCAAAUAUACAGUUGCAUGGUUUCUCGGACGCUUCGGAGAAGGCGUACGGCGCAGUGGUGUAUGCACGUGUUGAAAAGGAUAGUCUCGUGAUGAUACUACCACUUGCUGCUAAAACACGGGUUGUUCCAUUGGACAAACCAUACACAAUGCCUCGACUUGAGCUCUGUGGAGCAGUUUUGCUAGCUGAGCUCCUUGAUAUGACUUUGAAAACACUCGAUAUCGCGGAUGUAAACUGUCAUGCUUGGAUUGAUUCUAAAAUAGUCCUGGCAUGGCUUCGAAGAGAUGCAUCUGAAUGGGGUGAUUAUGUAGCCCAACGGAUCGAAAAAAUUCAUAAAUAUACAGAUAAAAAGAUUUGGCAAUAUGUUUCCACAGAAGAAAAUCCAGCAGAUCUUCUGUCGCGAGGAAUUUGUCCUUCAAAAUUACGUACCACCAAACUAUGGUGGAGAGGACCAACAUGGCUAAAGGAUCCUGAGGAUUAUUGGCCAGAUAAGGAGCAUGAGCAUCUGAGAAUGGUAGAAGAAGCGUGUAUGGCUGCCACAUCUACUUUAAUUCCGUUGUCGUUGAUAGACAGGGAUGAUUUUUUCGACCACAUGGCUGCUGAAGAAAAAAUACCAGAAUUAGAUAUACCAGAGAAUGAGCUUCUGGAUAAAUAUGAUUCCUUAUCGAAGACAAUUCGUAUCGCAGCAUAUUACUUCAGAUUUAUUAACUUGUUAAAGAAAAAGAUCAAACAAGAGGUCCUUUGA